AGGGCCUAGGGUUUACUUCUUUUUCUUCUUUUUUUUGCCUAUACUUUACUCUUCUAUUUUCUUGCUUGUUUAUGAUUUUAUUAUAGGAGGUGCGAACUCGGGCGUUGUGGGUCGUUGAUUUUUCUUGAUUUCCUCAUCUGGGGUUCGUGAAAGUUCCUCUUUUUCUCAUCUGGAUCGGUGGGUUUUUUUUCCAAUUUCCCCUUGAUGAAAAUUUCCCUCUUUUCUCGCUCGAUUCGUCGAUUUCCUUCAGUUUUUGAGGGUUUACCACUUUGAUUUCGAUCAGUCGGCCAAAAUUGGUUGAUUUUUUGCUCUUUUUUUUCCCCGAGUUCUUCGUCAUGAGAUUUGACCUUGAUUUUGAGGGCAUUUGUGCGAAAGAUUUCUGGGUUUUGUCUUGUGAAGUCGUUUUAAGCACUGUUUUGAUCUGAUUUCUUCUUCUGGGCAGUGAAAAUUUGUGAUUUUGCAAGUAUUCUUUGUUGGGGAAAUUGAUGCUGUAAUCUGGUUGGGUGUCAUGGUUUUUCCAAUUAUAGUUUUUCUCUGAGGACGUUGAGGGCUUCCCACAACUAAAGGAAGUUUUUUGCUAUCUGGGCAUUGGGAAAAAGGAAAAAGAAAAAAAUUAAAUGUUUCAUUCUCAGGGUUCUUCGAAACAAACUUGUAGUCUUCUUGCAGUCACUUGUGGGAACGUCUCUGAAUCCAAACGCAAAAAGGAUGUGCCGGAGAAUCGGUCGCUGUAUCCCUUCCCGGAGUUGAUCUCUUCAGGCCGUUUGGAGGUUCAAACUCUGACCAGCCCAAGCAAAGAGGAGUUCUCUAAACUCCUUGAAUCAUAUAAGCCAAAUCUUGUAUACUUGCAAGGAGAACAGCUUGCGAAUGAUGAGGUUGGGCCUCUGGUUUGGGGAGAUGUCGACCUGUCGACCCCUGAAUCAGUGUCGGAGCUCUUUGGCACUACAUUGCCUACCACGGUUUAUUUGGAGAUACCAGAUUGUGAGGAGUUGGCAGAAGAGCUUCACUCGAAGGGAGUUCCUUAUGUGAUAUAUUGGAAGGACAGAUUUUCUCGCCAUGCUGCUUGUCACUUUCGUAACGCAUUACUUUCAGUUGUAAAGAGUUCAUCAACCCAUGCCUGGGAUGCUUUCCAACUUGCAUAUGCUUCCUUUAGGCUGUACUGUGUACGAAACAACCAUGUCCUUCCUUCUAAGGGCCAUGAAAUCAGUGACGAGCAAGGGCCAUGUCUUCUUGGAGACCGUUUAAAAAUCAAUGUUGAUCCUCCUGCAGCUGAUGUAGAGGACGAUGAAGAUGGUUCUUUGGAUACACUCCCGGCCAUAAAGAUACAUGACGAUGACUUGAGCUUAAGGUUUCUGGUUUGUGGAGUGCCAUCCACGUUGGAUGAAAGCGUAUUAGAACCUUUGGAAGAUGGUCUGAAUGCCCUCUUGAACAUUGAAAUACGUGGGGGCAGGCUUCAUGGCAAAUUCAGUGCUCCUCCACCACCGCUUCAGGCAGGGACAUUUUCUCGUGGUGUUGUGACCAUGAGAUGUGAUUUAUCAACUUGUAGUUGUGCACACAUUUCAAUUUUAUUGUCGGGUAGUGCGCAAACUUGCUUUGAUGAUCAGCUAUUGGAGAAUCAUAUAAAGAAUGAAAUAAUUGAAAAUAGCCAACUAGUUCGUGCACUUCCCACGGCAAGUGAGGGUAACAAACUACCUCUGUCUGAGCCUCGGAAAUCUGCUUCCAUUGCUUGUGGAGCAACAGUGUUCGAAGUUUGCAUGAAGGUUCCUGCCUGGGCUUCUCAGGUUUUGAGGCAGCUAGCACCAGAUGUUUCUUAUCAUAGUUUAGUGGCACUUGGAAUUGCCAGCAUCCAGGGAAUACCAGUUGCUUCUUUUGAGAAAGAAGAUGCUGAACGCCUGCUUUUCUUUUGUUCAAGUCAGGGGAAAGAGAUCUCAAAUGACUUGGUUUUCAGCAAUCCUCCUCCUUGGUUGAGACCACCUGCUCCUAGUAGGAAGAGGUCUCAAGAAACAAGCCCGGGCUCUCAUGAUGGUCACCGGGUUCCAAACCAAGUUGUUUCUAAAUCAGAGGAAGAGGACAAGGAGAGGGGGCCGAGCAAUGGAGUCAGCUUGCCCUUACUUCCAGCGAGGCAAAGAUUGAAAGUUGCUGCAAUGAGGCCUAUUCCUCAUGUUCGGCGCCCUAAGAUGACACCGUUUUCUGGAAUUUCUGAGGCAGAUGGACAUGAUGGAGGCCAAGUUAAGGCUAUUGUUCCAGUUGCUCCACCCACAAAGCUCAGUAUUGUAGGAUUAACUCCUUCUGCCCAACGAAAAUCAUUUUCAAGCUCAUCACAGGCUAAGCAAAUUAUUUCCUUGAAUCCGUUGCCUUUGAAGAAACAUGGUUGUGGUAGGAGCUCAAUACAUACUUGCUCAGAGGAGGAGUUUUUGAAGGAUGUGAUGCAGUUUUUGAUUCUUCGAGGACAUACCCGUCUUAUUCCUCAAAGUGGGCUUGCGGAGUUUCCAGAUGCCAUACUCAAUGGAAAGCGUCUUGAUCUCUACAAUUUGUAUAAAGAGGUGGUUACCAGAGGUGGUUUUCAUGUUGGUAAUGGCAUCAAUUGGAAGGGGCAAAUCUUCUCUAAGAUGCGCAAUUACACAAUGACCAAUAGAAUGACUGGUGUCGGAAAUACGCUAAAAAGGCAUUAUGAAACUUACCUUCUAGAGUAUGAAUUGGCUCAUGAUGACGUGGAUGGAGAGUGCUGUUUAUUAUGUCACAGUAGUGCAGCAGGGGAUUGGGUAAACUGUGGCAUAUGUGGUGAGUGGGCCCAUUUUGGUUGCGACAGAAGGCAGGGUCUUGGUGCCUUUAAGGAUUAUGCGAAAACAGACGGGCUCGAAUACAUAUGUCCGCACUGCAGCGUCAGUAAUUUCAAGAAGAAAUCGCAGAAAGUAUCGAACGGAUUUUCUCAAGGACUAACCGUCUCACGGGCACUAUAAUUCAUUUUUGCAUUGGUUUUUAUUAUUUCGCUCUCUGAUUACAAGGUCGCUUUCUCCCCUGGCCUGUACGAGGAAUUGUUUAUUUUGUUGGAAUAUCGGGAUUGCGAUAUUCAUUCCACUUCAAUGAUGGUCACACUGCUACAUGUGGAAGUAAGGGAAUAGGAGGAGAAAGAAGAGAGGGGAGAGUGGACAUGAAGUAGGCAAAGUAUAGAGCAUACUAAUGUAGGAAUAUCUUUAUCCUAGUUGUAGCCAGGAAACUUCAUUUUUGUCUCUUUUGUUUUUUGUUUUUCUUUUCUAUUUUGGGGAUUGGGCUUUUUGUGGGGUUUCGGUCGACAAAUCCAUGAUGUUAUAGGAAAGGGUGGUUGUAAAAUAUAUAUACAUAUUUCCAUUUUCCCAAAUGGACAUCUAUUACUAAUCUAGUUUCUAAUGAAGCCAAUGGUUACUGUGUUAAUCUAUGAUUGUGUUGAAUCAAGUUGACGCAUCAUAAUGGUUACAUACUCGUUUGAUGGGGUUAACUUUGCGACUCUUGAACUUGUAAAGAAUUGAUAGUGCGAGGAACUUUUACCUCAAUAAAAUGGUUUUGUACGUG